GACAGCCAAUUCUCAAAGUUUAAGUGUCGUGUUUGAGGGGUUUACUAAAAUGAAUAUUCUGAGCGUUAUCACCACCAUGCGGUUUGUUUUGGGCGUUACACCAUUUCCCCUAAUGAACUGGAUUUUUCCAGUAAAUUGUCGUAUUUAUAUAAUGAUCUCAAGACUGCUCAGUGCCAUGGUAAAAACCCGGCUGACCCCCCCCCCUUAAGGCACUGAAUGGGUUAGUUAAACCAUGCGCUCCUGCGCAACACACGCUGCAGCCUAAAUUUAAGAUCCUCAGCAGAAAGCCGAAGGAAGUCCCAGUGACUGUUGCAUUACCGCUGAAACAUGCAUCACAUCUCUUUACGUGGGUUGACUGACCGUCAACAUUUUUUUGGUAAUGUUAAACGGUGGUUAAACUGUCACAUGGACAACCACUGUUAUGUCAUGGGCAAUUGUGUUUUACAGCCAAGGAGAAUUGCGCUUCUCAUUGGAUCCAUUAUCACGGAAGGCGCCUGCAAUAAAAGAGGCAGACCAACAUGUCAAGUUCCCCUGAAACCUUGCACUUUUGCUUCCCCACCCACGGUGACUCCAUCCUCAGCAAAAUGAAUGCUCUGAGAGAGCAUCACCGCUUCUGUGAUGUGACACUCCUCCUUGGGGGUCUACAAGGCACCACUGUGCAGCCUCUCCAUUUCCACAGUCACCAAGUGGUGCUGGCGGCGUCCUCAGACUUCCUAUGUGACCAGUUCCUGCUCCACGUUGGCUGGGCAGAGAUGAGUGUGGGUGUAGUUUCCAGUGUGGAGGUUGGCAAGAGACUGCUCCUGUCCUGCUACACCGGGCUCCUAGAGGUCCCUCUAAGAGAACUGGUAAGCUAACUCACUGCAGCCAGUGCGCUCUGGAUGAGCUAGGUGGUGGAGAAGUGCGCCCAGGCCGUCUCCCAGUACCUCAGUCCCACCCUGGCUUUCUUGAAACUAGAGAAAUGUUCAGACAAGAAGGAAAUCCAGCAGCCGGACAGCGGCUGGCCAGGUACCAAUUUCAAGUAUCAGGAGGAAAUUGAUAUAGUCCAGCCCAGCAACAGCAUCCAGGAAGCAAAUACAGAGGAAGGGAGAGCGGCUGUGCUUCAGUCCAAGUUAAAGGUUAGCCAAGGAACCGAAGUGGAUAGUCAAGAACUGAGGGAGGUCAGAGAGGAUAAGAAGGUGGUUAAAGCUAAAAUUGAGUUAUCGGAAGACAGCAUGUUCACUCAGCUCCCUGGCGUCAGAGGAAGGUGGAGACAUCCAGGCUGCUCACAAAACAACCCAAUCCAUCACAUUAUAGGUGCCCUAAAAGGUAAGCUAUGCCCUGCCACUGCUUUCAGAGAUCACAUAUCCUCCCCAACCAUAAGUAGUCCUGCUCCUCAUGUAGAACUGGGGGACAGCUCCCAGGAUCAAGAUGAAGAAGAGGUGGAAGAGACAAAACAAGAGGAAGAAAUGUUCUCGCUGGCAGAUCUAUUGCAAGAAGGUAGAGAACUGAUGGAUUCCAAUCUCUUCUGCCUCUCUAGAGCACAUCUGUCAAAGAGUCAUUUUACUACAGACAAGUUGACAGAAGAUACAGACAGCGUAUUGGUCCAGAGGCCGUACCUGUGCCGGAGGUGUGACAGAGUUUUCCAGCACCUGGAGAGCUACAUGGGCCACCUGAAGGAACACAGGCAGUACUUGUGUUUGGUCUGUGAGAAAAGCUUCUCUCAGAAGAGUAACCUGACCUUGCACAUCCGUGUCAACGUUGGUGUCAAGAAUUUCCGAUGCCCACUGUGCCACAAGACGUUUUUGCAGAAGGCCAUGCUGCAAGACCACCUCAAUGUGCACAUGGGUGAUAAGCCCCAUAAGUGUAACUACUGUGCUGUGCACUUUUCACACAAGCCAGGCCUCAGGCGCCACCUGAAGGUCAUUCAUGGUAAGAGUAGCUUGCAAAACGUGCUUGAGGAGGCUGUGGACAGAAGAGGAAGUAACAGUUCUAGCAUCAGUCUUAAAUACUGGAUCUUAAUGGCUGUAUGUUUCUAUACUAUAUGUGUCACACAUGGACGUUUUUUGUUAACAUUAAAGCAAAACCUCAAAGCAAAGAUGAGCUCACUUACAGCUACAGCAUUGUCUCCCAUCAUACAGACUGAGAAUCACUGACUAAAUGCAUUUGCACUGUAACAUCUGGCUAAUGAUAAGUAGUAAUGGCCCUUCUUUGCCUUCAGCAGUGUUUUCCUGAUCUCAGUGGGUACAAUACACCAAAUAAAGAACUGCACCAUGUAAUGUACAAGUUUCAUCAUGAUAUAUCAUUAGCCACAUACUGUAUAAUAGUGAAUGCAAACACAUAGAGGGCAUUGUUUUCAACACCUCUGAGAGAGGUGUUAAAAUAAAAUGGUUCUGUAUUUUAUGGUGUGUACAGACAACAAAAUGUAUUUUUCUGCUUUACUAGGAAGGUAAGCUACUGUACAUGUAUCUAUCUAGAAUAUA